AUGACUGACUCUGCCAUACUGCCAGUCCUGAGGACAGAACCUGAACCUGCAUUGCUUGCCAGGAAGGACAGGAACAGUGGAUUCCCACUCCUUGGUCAUACUCCAGCAGAGAGAGGAGAGUGCAAACCACAGAAUCAAACAGGUUACUCAGAAUUCUUGCUCCUGGGACUCUCAGAUGAUCCAGAAAUGCAGCCUCUUCUGUUUGCGGUGUUCCUGUCCUUGUACCUGGUGAUCAUGAUUGCGAACCUACUCAUUAUCCUGGCUGUCGUCUCUGACUCUCACCUCCACACACCUAUGUACUUCUUCCUUUGUAAUUUGUCUUUAACUGACAUCAUCUUCAGCACCACUACAGUUCCCAAGAUGCUGGUGAACCUCCAGACAUCCAGCAAAUCCAUCACCAAUGCAGAAUGCCUAACUCAGGUUACGUUUUUUAUUCUUUUUGGAUGUUUGGACAGUCUACUUCUGGCUGUGAUGGCCUAUGACCGGUUGGUGGCCAUUUGUCAGCCCCUACACUACCUGGUCAUCAUGAACCCCCGUACCUGUGGCUUGUUGGUUCUGCUGUCAUUUUUCUUCAGCUUUUUGGACUCCCAGCUGCACUACUUGAUGGUGUCACAACUUACCUUCUGUGCAGAUGUGGAAAUCCCUCAUUUCUUUUGUGACCCUUCUCAGCUCCUCAACCUUGCCUGUUCAGACACCUCUACCAAUAACAUAUUGAUCUAUUUUGUUGGUGCCAUAGUUGCUGGUGUUCCACUCUCAGGGAUCCUUUUCUCUUACUAUAAAAUUGUUUCCUCCAUUGCGAGGAUCCCAUCAUCAGUUUCAAAAUAUAAAGCCUUCUCCACCUGUGGUUCUCAUUUGUCAGUAGUUUGCUUAUUUUAUGGAACAGGCCUUGGGGUGUACCUCAGUUCAGCUGUCUCAUCUUCCCUGAGGAAGGAUGCAGUGGCCUCGGUGAUGUACACUGUGGUCACCCCCAUGUUGAACCCUUUCAUCUACAGCCUGAGGAACAGAGACAUCAAGAGUGCCCUAUGGAGGCUUCUUAGGGUAUAUUCCUAG